AAGUCUAAAGAAGUCGAGAAUCUAUAUUUGCGGGCGCUGCGUGGGUACGAGAAGGCAUGGGGCGCGGAGUACACGUCGACGCUAGACACGGUUAACAAUCUCGGCACUCUGUACGCGGACCAAGGCAAGAUGGCGGAGGCGGAGGCGAUGUACGUGCGGGCGCUACGCGGGAAGGAGAAGGCAUGGGGCGCGGAGCACACGUCGACGCUUAUAACGGUCGGCAAUCUCGGCGCUCUAUACGCGGACCAAGGUAAGAUGGCGGAGGCAGAGGCGAUGUACGUACGGGCGCUACGCGGGUACGAGAAGCUAUCAUGGGUCUCGCCGGCUCGUAUAGAAUCCGUGAAGCAGUGUUUAUUAUCUUUGCGGAAACGAUGA